AUGGCCACCGUCUCUGAGAUCUCAACGCUUCCGGCGGAGAUGAAGUCGACUCUUGAUGUUCAUAUUCUCAAUGACCGUGAGAAGGAAACGGAUCCAGAGAAAAAUAACACGGAGCAAAGUGACAAGAGCAGUGUUGCUGACGGCGAGCUGGGUGAAAAUGAACCAGUAUACACGGAAGAGCAAUACAAGAAACUUCGACGGAAGAUUGAUCGAUAUCUACUCCCGUUGAUGUGGCUUUGUUAUGGCAUUCAACAGACAGACAAGACUUCCAUCGGAACUCAGGCCACCUUCGGCCUGCGUGAUGAUACUGGUCUCAAGGGACAGCAGUACUCCUGGUUGACAACCAUCUUCUACAUCACUUACAUGUGUUUCGAGUUCCCGUCCAACAUCUUGCUCCAGCGCUAUCUCAUGGGACGAACACUGUCAUGCUACAUGAUCUGCUGGGGAGUGAUCGUGCUCUGCAUCGGCUUCGCGCAGAACUUCACCCAUCUCAUCGUCCUGAGAGCGCUGCAGGGCGUUUUCGAAUGUUGCAUUAGCCCCGGCUUCAUUCUCGUCGUUGGAUCCUGGUACAAGACAAGAGAGCAUGCCUCGCGUUCUCUCGUCUUCCAAAGUGCCAAUGCCGGCUUCGGAAUUAUUGCGCAUUUGAUUCUUUACGGAAUUGGCUCGAUCCAGUACAAACGUGGGCCUGAGUUUCAGGCUUGGAGAUACAUGUCCUACUUCCUCGGAAGCUUGACAAUCCUCGUUGGUUUCAUGUGCCUUUUGCUACUGGGAACGCCUUCGGAGGUCAAAUGGCUCUCUCCCGAGGAGAAGAAGAUGGCCAACACGCGGAUUCGCUCCAAUAACACUGGGCAUGAUCGCACGGGGACCAAGACGUGGAACUGGAAACACGUUCGAGAGUGCUUUAUUGACCCUUGCUUCUGGUUCGCUGGACUCAACGCUUUUCUCAGCUCCGUACCAAAUGGUGGACUGACCACUUUUGGCUCCAUCAUCAUGACCAACUUCGGAUUCACCAACUUACAAGUCAUUCUUCUCGAUAUCCCGCGAAGUACCUUCUCCGUGCUAUGGUUUAUCUUCAUCGGUAUCAUAACCAGCCGGAUAAAGAACCUGCGCAUGUUCUUCAUGAUGUUCUCGGUCAUCCCCCCCUUCGUUGGCUUCCUCGUCAUGGCCUUUCUGCCCAACACGGAGGAAAAUAAGUGGACCAAAUGGGGAGGUUACUUCAUGACCGUUCCCUUCGUCAUCGCCCCCUUCAUGGCAUGGACCCUGAUCCCCUCCAACGUCCCAGGCCGAACCAAGCGGACCUUGACCUCAUCCUUUACCUUCGUGGGCUACUGCGUGGGUAACAUGGUUGGAUCGCAGAUCUUCGCCGCUAAGGACGCUCCACGGUACAUCCCGGGAACAAUCGGCUGCGCAAUCUGUUUCGGUUUAGAAUUUCUUCUCAUCGCGCUUUGGCGGUCCGUAUACGUCAUGCGCAACAAGCGCAGAGCCAAGAAACUCCGAGAGGAAGGCGUCUCUGAGGAAGAGAGGUUAGCGAGGGCCAAGGUCCUUGGAGAACAGGACGCCACAGAUUUUGAGAAUAUUUAUUUCCAAUAUACUAUGUGA